UUGAAAGGGAGGUCGGAAGCACAAGCUGUCAGUGUCUUCAGAACCACUGAGUAAAGAGGAUGCCAGUGUAGGACUGUGCUGUAACAAUUACCUCAGCGAGGCAGCUGCAUUCUCUUACGUGAUGGCUCUGUCAGUUCCCAUAAGCCUGCUCAGUCCCAGGAGACGGCUGAGACCCAGCUUUUAACAUUUCGGAUGGAAACAAUACCAGCAGGGACCCAAGUGGAAACAACAUGCAGACUCCUGGCCUUCCAGAAGUUCCAUUGGAGCAGAGGAACCUUGAACAAAAUGCUGUGCAUUGGGAUGGAGAAGGAAGCCAGCACCCAUUCCCACGAUCCUGCCACAAAGCUGAGGACCUGCUGACCCAAGUUCCUUCUUUUUCUGCUAUUGGCUGACACUGUUCAUAAACCACAGAUGGCUGUUUCGCUUUUGCUUUAAAUGAACAAGCAAGCUGCCUUCUACUGGGGAGAAAGCCAGGAGUGAGGGCAGAGACAGACGGCAGGGCGGCUGAAGGCAGACACACAGGAUGAAGGCGACCAUUUAUUAGAGGCCACUUAGAGCAACCUGAAGACAGUUGGAGCUCCAGAAGACAUAUGAUGGCCUUCUUAUUGUCAUUUGGGGGAAUAUAAGAGUCAAGAAUAGUUGUUCAAGGGACAAGAGAGAGAAAACGCAUGUCCUUUCCUCUAUCCAACUCCAUAUCAGAAAUGGAACCAACUAAGGUCCUCAGCAAUGAUAGUGGCAGGAACUGCACCAUAGAAAACUUCAAGAAGGAAUUUUACCCUGUCAUAUACCUGAUAAUAUUUGUCUGGGGAGCCUUGGGAAAUGGCUUUUCCAUAUACGUCUUCCUGCAGACUUACAAGAAGUCCACAUCUGUGAAUGUUUUCAUGCUCAACCUGGCCAUUUCAGAUUUCCUGUUUAUAAGCACCCUGCCCUUCAGGGCUGACUAUUAUAUCAGAGGGUCCAAUUGGAUAUUUGGGGAUGUGGCCUGCAGAAUUAUGUCUUAUUCCUUAUAUGUCAACAUGUACACUAGCAUUUAUUUCCUAACUGUGCUGAGUGUUGUGCGUUUCCUGGCCACUGUCCACCCCUUACAACUGCUCCAUGUCACCAGUGUCAAGAGUGCCUGGGUCCUCUGUGGGAUCAUAUGGGUUUUUAUCAUGGCUUCCUCAGCGAUGCUUCUGAAUAAUGGCUAUGAGAAGAAGAAGAACAACAUUAUAUCGUGCCUGGAGCUGAAUCCUCAAAAGUUUAAUAAGCUACUGAUCAUGAACCACAUUGCAUUAGUGGUAGGCUUCCUGCUUCCCUUUAUCAUACUCACCAUCUGCUACCUACUGAUCAUCCGGGUCUUGUUAAAGGUGGAGAUUCCAGAAUCGGGUCUUCGGGCUUCUCACAGGAAGGCGUUGAUCACCAUCAUCAUUGCCAUGAUCAUCUUCCUCCUCUGUUUCCUGCCUUACCAUGCACUGAGGACCCUCCACUUGGUCACAUGGAAUGCAGAUUCAUGUGGAGACAAGUUACAUAAGGCCAUGGUCAUCACACUGGCCUUGGCUGCAACCAAUAGCUGCUUCAAUCCCUUUCUUUACUACUUUGCUGGGGAGAAUUUCAAAGAUCGAUUAAGGGAUGUAUUCAGCAAAGAUAACCUACAGAAAGCAAAGGCAAAGUGUGGCCUUCCCUUUUGUGCAUAGCUGAAGAACCGACUUAGAGUUCAGGGAGCAGUUAUGCAUGUGUGCGCCUGAAUCUUGGUGUCCACCUUCAUUCAUUCAUUGUCUCCAAAUUACUUUGUAUUUGUGUCAUAACCAACAAGUGUUGGUUCCCAACAUUCAGUUGACCACAAUUGUUGCUAAUAAAGCCUAUUUCAGAAAUUUCA